AUGAAGAAAACCUUAAUAACAUUCUUGUUGUUGAUGGUUGUGGUUAUCUCUACGAAAAUAGAAACAUCAGAGCUUAGAACUCAAGGGAUGACCUACACUGAAGCAUAAAAUCUAGAUGUUUCUCAUUUAAAUUGCCACACUGAUUUUGAAUAUACAAUAGCAGAGUUUGCAAGAUGGGUUGAUAUUAUAGAUAAUAGAGAGCAAUUAAUCAAGGAUCUCGCAAUAAUUAAUUAAGUUAUAAGCAUAGUAGAAAAAGCUAAAGGUACAAUAUCUGUGAUUCACUCAACAAUGCUGGUGUCAAUCUAGAGUAAGGUGAGCCAAUCACUGAAAAGCAUAUUUACAUAAAACAAAUGGGCUGCUUGCAAGGUGGAAGAUGCUCUUGAAUACGUUGCUUAAUUAAAUGGAACUUAAACUAAUGAGGAGAAGAUUGCUUUAGCAAAUAAAAUCAUAGCCCAUUUGAGGUAGACUCAAGAACAAAUCCACUAAUACUUAAAUUAAUGCUAAUAUGCAAAACGUACUUAAGGAUUGAGAUAAAAGAUAAGUUAGCUUCAAACUUUAAAGAGAGUAUGUGACCAAGAAAUCAAAAAACCAACAAUAAUUAUAGAUAAUGACCCUGAUGAUGAAGUGUUAAAUUUUGAUGAGGAGCCAGAAGAAAUAGUGUAUUAUUAUUUUGAAGAAGAAGAUGUUGAAACUCCUCCUGAUUACAUUUAUCAUGAACCCCAACAUUAUACUUAUCCGACACAUUAAGAUGAGACCAAAAAACCAUAAAGAAAAUAGGUUAAGAAGUUAGUGCCUAAAGAAAUAGUUGAUGAAAUCAAAGGAAAUAAAAGAUAUGUAGCAUUGGGUCAUGAAAUUGAAGGAGAUGUUAAGGAGAAUGCUGAUGAAUAAUAAAAUCAAUAAUAAGAGGUAGAAUCUGUAGUGUCCGCAGCUAAAGUAAGUAAAAUGGAAGGUUUAAAUAAUGAUGAAGAUGAGAGUGAAAAAAAAGAUGAUGAUUAGGAGAAAGGUUAAGGAGAAGAAGAAUCUAAAGAAUAAACUAAUGGAUAGGAAACUACUGGAUCUGAAUAAUAAUAAUCGGAAUAGUAAUAAUAAGAAUAAUAAUCUGAAUAAUAGGAAUAAUCUGAAUAAUAAUAAGAAUAAUCUGAAUUAUAAUAGGAAUAAUAAUCACAAGAAUAAGAAUAACAAGAGUAAACAGAAUAAUAAUAAGGACAACAAGAAUAAACAGAAGAAUAAUAAGAAUAACAAUAAGAAAAAACAGAAUAGCUAUAAGAAUAAGAAUAAACUGAAUAACAACAAGAGUAAACUGAAUAACACUAAGAAUCACAUUCAGAAUAACACUAAGAAUAACACUAAGAAUAACAUUAAGAAUCACAUUCAGAAUAACACUAGGAAUAACAUUAAGAAUAACAUUAAGAAUAACACUAAGAAUAACACUAAGAAUAACAUUAAGAAUAACAUUAAGAAUAACAUUCAGAAAAACACUAGGAAUAACAUUCAGAAUAACACUAAGAAUAACAUUAAGAAUAACACUAAAAUAACAUUAAGAAUAACACUAAGAAUAACACUAAGAAUAACAUUAAGAAUAACAUUAAGAAUAACAUUCAGAAAAACACUAGGAAUAACAUUCAGAAUAACACUAAGAAUUAACAUUAAGAAUAACAUUUAAGAAUAACAUUAAGAAUAAUAUUAAGAUUAACAUUCAGAAUAACAUUAAGAAUAACAUUCAGAAAAACACUAGGAAUAACAUUCAGAAUAACACUAAGAAUAACAUUAAGAAUAACACUAAAAUAACAUUAAGAAUAACACUAAGAAUAACACUAAGAAUAACAUUAAGAAUAACAUUAAGAAUAACACUAAGAAUAACACUAAGAAUAACACUAAGAAUAACAUUAAGAAUAACAUUAAGAAUAACACUAAGAAUAACACUAAGAAUAACAUUAAGAAUAACAUUAAGAAUAACACUAAGAAUAACACUAAGAAUAACAUUAAGAAUAACAUUCAGAAUAACAUUCAGAAAAACACUAGGAAUAACAUUCAGAAUAACAUUAAGAAUAACAUUAAGAAUCACAUUAAGAAUAACAUUCAGAAUAACAUUAAGAAGAAUAAGAAUAAUAGUAAGAAUAAGAAUAAAUCAUCGUUGAAACUCAUGAUUAACCUUUAACAUAGGUUGAUCCAGAAACAAAAGAAAAUGUGAUUGUUGAGGAAUCUAAAAAUGGAACUACUGAUGAUGAUGGCGACACUACUGAAGUUAAAAUAGCAACAGUAAAUAAGAAUGAACAAGCUGAUGAAGAAAGCGAUGAAACAAAAGAUACAGAUCAUAAAGAACAUUAGGAAAAUGAGACUUAGGAAUCCACUGAAGAAUCUAAACAAGAAUUAACAUAGGAAUAAAAAACGGAAGAAUCUUCAGAAACAACAACAAAUGAAAACUCAGAGACAGUUACAUAAGAAACAUAAUCAGAAACAAAGGUAGAUGAUACUACAGAAGAAACAUAAGCUUAAAAGUCAACAUCAGACAGUGAUCAUGAAGCAACAGAAACAUAAGAAGACAUAGUUGUUGAUAAUUAAUCUCAAGGUUAAGAUGAAGAAAAAGAUGUUUAAAAUGGAUCAUCGGAAGUUGAACAUACAAAUGGUGAAUAAAAAUAAGAUAGUGAAUAAAAAGAAGAAGGUGAGGAUGCAGUGGAAAAAGAAGAAAGCCAGCAUAAAUAAGAAAGCGAAGAACAUGAAGAAUAAAAAUCAGAUUAAGAUCACAAAGAUACACAUAAGGAUUAGGACGAUUAAAAGAAAAUAAAAAAAUAAAAGUCUAGUGAUGACCGUUCUUUGAAAAUCUAAUCAUUAAGGGAAGAACCUAAUCCAAAUGAACCAACAUAAUUUUAACCCCCAAAACAUAGAGCCAAUUCAGGUCGUGUUUAAGAAAGAAAGGUUGUAGCUGUAAAUACAAAAUAUUAAAAUUCUGAAUUUGAUGGUGAACCUACUGAAUAAUUUGAGUUUAAUGAUAGAUCAUUGCUUCAAGAUUCUUCUGAAUAUGGGUAUGGAUAUUGGGUCAGAUAUGCAGAACAUGGAGUUAAGGAACAUAGUAGAGAGGAUGGUGAAUACUAUUUCUUAUCAAGAAUGACCAUAAACGAGGAAUACUAAGAUUUUUCAUUUUAUGGAGACAGAGCUUUGGCAGUAUUUAUGUUCGAUAAUUCCUUUGUGUUCAGUACAUACGAUACAAGUGAAAAAUUGAAGACUAAAGAUAAGGCAGUGGUUUUAAAUGAGAACAUGGACAGUAUGUGGUAUUUCGUUAUGUUCUCAUACAGUAAUCCCUUAAGAAGAGCUGUGGGUUAUAUUGUUAGUUAUGGAGAAGGUAAUGGAAUUUAUAGAGUAGAAUUAGAGGCUACUCACAUUCCACCUUCAUAUAUCAAACUUAUAUUUGGUGGUAAACAUUUGGAUUAUCAUGGAUUAAAUGGACAAUUUGCAAAUAUCUUCUUCGACAUUGAUGCUCCAGCAUUUGUAGAUGGAGAUGAAGCAUUGGAUGAAAUUCUGAAAACUCUGAGUAAUCCCCCUUAAAGCGUUCCUGCUAUGAUAGAUGAAACUAUUGUUUAGAAACCUAAACAUUUGAAUGGAAAUGAUAAAGGUGAAUAGUACCACUUUGAUCCAUAAGAAUCUUAAUUGAUUGUAGAAGAAUAUGCUGUUGGUUUAUGGUUUAGAUGGAUCGACGACUUAAAAGUGGAUGAACCAAAUACAUUUUAGAUAAUUAAUUUGAGAUCAAACAAAGUCAAAACUGCAGGAAAAGGAGUCUUAGGAGAUAGAGCAUUAGAAAUACAUCAUACCUAUGGUGGUGGUGCUAAGAGUACAGUGUACUUUAAUACUUACACAAUCAAGGGCAAUAGAGCAAAGGGAUAACCCUACUUAUCAAAGACAGUAGAGAGUGCUGAGUUCAUUUGGACUUAUGUUUACUUUGGAUAUGAUAAUGAUGGAGGUCGUGCCUAUGGUGCAGUGAUUAAACCAGGAUUAGUAGGAGAAAUUUAAUUUGAAGGUAUCUAACACAAGUUGGUUAACAGUUUGAGUGUUACUUUAGGCGGUGAUGAUGUCAUAUCCCCAUUCAACGGUAUGAUUGGAUAUGUUGGUAUUUACCUUGGAACAGGAGCAUACAGAGAAGGUUUAGAAUUUGAGAUGACAUUCAAUUAUGGGGAAGGAGUUAUGGGAGUGUAUUAAGUCGGUAAACCAAUCACUUACAUAGCUGGCGAUGCUAAUUAAGCUAGAGAUGUAGCAUAUGAUGCUCCAGAAAAUGUUGUGGAUAAAAUUAUAAUUCAUAAUGAAGAAGGAAUGAGAAUUAAUGGAUAAAGUGAAUAUGGUUUUGGAUUAUGGACUAGAUGGUUGAGUACAUUGCCUAAAUAUUUGAAUAAGAGAGCGCCAAUUCAUACUAUUGCUAGAAUGGGUACUUAAGGUUAUGUUAUUGAAUCUAUUGAUGGUAAAUUAGUUAGAUCUAAUGCUAACAGACCAAGUACUCCUAAGGAUACUACCUUAUCAAUAUCUUUAACUCCAGAUUCUUAUGAAUUCUAAACUUUGGAAUUGAAAGAUGAUAUUGAGUUUUCUUAAUUAGAAGGACAUUGGAAUUAUGUCUACUUUGGAUAUAUCAGACAUGAAAAUUAGGGAUUGGCCAAAGGAUACGUUCAAUUUGGUAUUGAUGGUGAAGUUGAUGAAGUUAUUUUCGACACUCUCCAUGAUUAUUUAUUUGAGUAUGUUGAAUUCAUUGUUGGCAAAACAUCAGCUCCAUUAUUCAAUGGUGAAAUGGCAAGAAUAUCAUUUUCAUUUGGACCUGGAUCAUUCGUACCCACAAUAGAAACCUUAAAACUCUUUACAUAGAAUACUCUACCAGAAAAGGCUUAGAUUCAUCCAGUAGCAAGAUAAACCUUACAAUUAGUAGGAGCUCCUCAAUAGCUUAAAGAGGAACCAAUUUAAUAUGAAUUCGACAAGUAUUAAGGAGCAGAAGAGUAUGCUAUUUCUGGAUGGGUUAAAUGGAAUGGCCCAUUGGUUACUGGCAAAGUGUCUCAUCUCAUAACAAUGGCUUAAAAGAGAUUGGAGGAUUUAGAUGAUAAAAAUGAAGAGACCUUACAAAUAAUCAGAGGAGAUCAAGCCUUCACCUUCGUCACUUAUAAUCAAAAUGAAGGCGAAUACAAAUUAGCUACUUAAGAUGAAGCAUAUGGAGAAUAUGCUGAUUAAUGGACCUACAUUUAUUAUGGAUUUUCUUCAUAAAAACAAUAAACUUAUGGUUAUUUGAAAUACACAUUUACAGAGAGUGAAUUUAGAUAAGAAAAAGUGAAUCAUUUUUAUUUGGCUGUGUUCUCUGUAUUGAUCUAAGAGAAAUAACCAUACACUCAAUUUAUUGGUCAAAUUAAAACAUGGGUUAUUAACAUCGGAGAUGGAUCAUUCAGAGAGGGAGGAUUGGAUGAAAAUGAAAAUAUUAAAGUUCAUUUCGGAUUCAUCAGCGGAACUGAUCAUAUCAAAUUACAAUAGGCUGGAUAAGAAGCACAUCAUGAAGAGACCAUUUUAGAAUGUUCAUCAUAAAGUGAUGAAGUACCUUUACAUAUAGAAUUUGAAUAAAGUGAUAAGUUACACUUGCAUGGAGUCAGUGAAUAUGGUUAUGGCUAUUGGGUUAAAUUCCAAUAUUUUGCAAGCAAGAAUACAAUAUAUAGCAGACCACAAUUAAUGGGAUUGAGUAGACUCACCAGUAAUAAAGAUUACAAAGAUUUUGAUCAUCCAGGAGACAGAGUUCUCUUAGUUUUAUUAGGAAAACAAUCCUAUCAUUUUGGAACAUAUGAUGUCAUUACCAAAUCAAAUAAUGUAGCUGGAGAUAUACCUUAUCACGUUGACUCUGAAAGUGAAUGGACAUACAUUUAUUUCAGUUUUAAGAGAAUUUCUCAAACCUAAGGACAUGCCAUGGCAUUCACUCAUUAUCAAGAUACUACAUCAGGAAUUCAAAUGGAUGUUAUGCACUCAUUAUUAAAUGACUAUUUAUAAUUGACAGUUGGUAACGCAGGUAAAUAUUAUACAAAUUUCAAUGGACAAAUAACCACAAUCAGAUUCAAUCUUGGUCCAGGUGCCUAUAUCGAUAACAAAUAAGGUUUACUCUAAAGAAUCAAGAAUAAGGAUGUUAUGCCUGAUAUAUUGGGUCCCACCAAAAAGUAUGAGGUUUUGAUUGGAAAACACGAUGUUACUAAGAUAGAGGAGGAACAACAUAUUACACAUAUAAAUGAAGAGGCCAGAGAAUAUGGAAUCUAAUUAUGGUUCAGGUGGUUCAAAUCACCAGUUAAGACUCAAUAGUUGAUUUAUAGAUUCACUUCUUCAAAUCCUGAUUCGUUGGGUGAUGCAUAAAAAAUAGGAGAUAGAACCUUGGCUCUAUUCCAUACAGAUGGUAUAGAAUUCAGUACUUAUAACUUAAAUCCUCUAUCUUUGUAGAACACAUAUGAAGCUAAAAUCCCAUCAUAAUAAUUGGAAGUCUGGACUUUUGUCUAUUUUGGUUAUUCCAAACAACAUUAGAAAGUUAGUUACUAUUUAUUGGCUGAUGAUGAUGAACACAAAGGAUUAGAAUAAGCUUUACAUGUUGUUUCUAACAAUUACUGGCUAUUCUUAGUAAAGGAUGCAAUGACAAAACCAUUCGAUAGUAGAUUGGCUCAAGUUAUUUUGAAUAUUGGAGAUGGCAGUUACAGAGAAGAUAACUUCAACACUCUUUAAGUCUAUUUGGCAGCUCCUAAAUUGUUUAGCACUGAUAGUAAAUUUGAUUGGGAAGCUGAUGAUACUAUAACAUUGGUUUCAGGUGAUCCAGACAAAUAAGGGUUGAAGAUUACAUUCUCUGAACCUGAUAGAAACAUAGAGAGCGUUUAGGAAUAUUCAGUUGGUCUAUGGACUAGAUUCUUAUAAGCAUGGCCAGAGAGAUAAUGGCAUACUCCAUCUGAAAUGUAGAUCUUAAGAUUAACAUACAAUGAUGAAGUGGAUCAUGGCAAAAUUGCUAUUGGAGAUAGAAUAUUAAAUGCCAUGGUUGUUUUAGACAAUUACCAAUUUGGUUCUUAUGACUUGAAUGAUGAUGCUCCUAAUGAAAUCAGUACUAUUCCUUAUACUCAUUUGGAAGGAAGAUGGCAUUACAUAUAUCUUGGAUAUAAGAGACAAUUAUAGCUAGCUAACUACUUUGUAUUUGAUGGAGAGGAAAUUAAACAUGCCACAAAUGAGAAUUUAUUACAUAAACCACUUGGCGAUUUCAUUCAUUUGAUUUUGGGAGGAGAAAAGGAUGUUGCUCCAUUUUAAGGUUUAUUUACUGAAGUAGCUGCUCACUUUGGAGUUGGAUCAUUCAUAGCAUCAGGUGAAGAUUUGAUGAAAUCAAUUGAUACUAGUUUUGCUUUACCUUAAGAAUUAACUGUUGAUUAUAUUCAUAAACAAAAACAUGGUUAACAAUAGUUGAUUGGUGAAAGUGAUAAUAAUGAAGGUAGUGAAAGUACUGGUGAUACUUGGAGUGGAGUAGGAGAAUAUGCUAUUUCUGGUUGGUUUAAGAUUGCAGAAACUUAAGUGAAGAAAGAAGGAGAGAUAAAUUCACCUUGUUAAAUAUUAUUCAGAAUCACUAACAAUGAUAAAGAACAUUUAAGUGAUCGUAAAUCAUAAGGAGAUAGAAGCAUUACAUGCUUAAAUAUGUACAAGUGA